AUGGAGUGGGUUAGAGGUCAAGCAAUCGGCCAUGGAAGCUUUGCAAUUGUCAGUUUAGCAAAAACAACAAGCCAGAAUUCACGUUUUCCGCCAUUAAUGGCCGUCAAAGCUUGUGGGGCAUCUCAGUCUGAUUCGUUGAAGAAAGAGCGAAUGAUCUUAGACGAACUUAAGGAUUGCCCAGAGAUUCUUAGGUGUUAUGGCGACUGUUUUACAAUUGAAAACGGCGAGAGAUUAUAUAACAUCGCAUUGGAGUAUGCUUCCGGCGGUUCUUUAGCCGACAGAGUGAAGAACUCCGAUAAUUUACGGUUGCCGGAGUCUGAUGUCCGGAGGUACACGAAUUCAGUCUUGAAAGGGCUUCAAUUUGUUCACCGGAAUGGGUUUGUGCAUUGCGAUAUCAAGCUUCAAAAUAUUCUGUUAUUCGCCGGUGAUGGGAAGGACAAUGUUAAGAUCGCCGAUUUCGGGUUAGCAAAGAAGGUGUCGGUGGAGUCAAACUCAAACUCAAAAAACGAAAUUCGGGGUACACCGAUGUAUAUGGCGCCUGAGACGGUGGUCGACGGCGAGCAAGGUCCGGCGUCCGACAUUUGGGCAGUUGGGUGUUUGGUUUUGGAAAUGUUCACCGGAAAGCCAGCGUGGACGUGCUCCGGCGUGGGCGCGGUUUUGAUGAAAAUCGGAGUUGGCGCCGAAAUCCCAGACAUUCCCGGGAAAUUAUCGGACGCGGGAAAAGAUUUCCUCGGGAAAUGUUUCGUGAAAGAUCCUAGUAAAAGAUGGACGGCUGAGAUGCUUCUAAAUCAUCCUUUUAUCAACGGUCAGGAUCAAACCACAUCAAGCUCUCCAAGAGACCCAUUUGAUUUUCCCGAUUGGGAAUUGGAGCCCUCGAUUUCAGUGACACCUUUUUGCUCGCCGGAAUUCGAUUCUUGGAUCUCCGACGAUUCAUGCCCGUCGCCGGCGAGUAGAUUACGGCAGCUCGUGACAGAUCGGAGACCCGAUUGGACUGAAGGAAGCAAUUGGUUGACAGUCAGAUGA